ACGUCUCUCGUUAGAGAGAUGGAUAUUUCUAUCGAAAUGGUUAUAAUUUGGUUUAGCACGCGAGUUCCAAUUAUAAUUCGUUUAUAUUUGCAUAUGUGAUUUCUUCUUUAUUGAAAUAUCGUGCAAGUUUAAGAAGGGUUGAAUCAAAAUAUUAGUAGUUUUCGGAACAACAAAUAUAUAAAUAAAAUGAUAAGACCCAAUUUUACGGAGUCAGUCGAAAACGCGCGUUAUCUCCAGCAAACACAAAAAUAUGUGGAUAAUGAAAGCAGCAAAGCAGAAGAGUUACAAAAAAAAAGAGAAAAAGAAAAGAGGCGACGAGAAGAGAGAAGCUGGCAAGAGAGAUUGAACUUUGAAACGACUGCUGCGAGCGCGGUUUGGACUUUAGAAAAUGUUUAUUUUAAUCUAAAUCUCUGAAAUAAACACGGUCUUAGCAGUAAGGUGGUGAACGACAUCCGCGGUGCGCGAAAAUUUAUCAAAAAAAAAUAAUAAUAUUGUAAUAUAAAUUGGCAAAAAUUUUGUGCCAACAGGUGCAAAGAUCUUUAAAAAAUUCACGCCCAGAUUAUUUAACACUUAUUUAAUUGAUUCUUGCAUUUUCGUUUGCUGACGAUAACUCAAAGUUCGAAACAACAAAGUACGCAAUGUUGGCCAAAAUUGUAAGGUCGAAGCCUCAAGUGGUGGAUUUCUUACAGAGAUCCGGCUGGGCCUCUUCGGCUGCCGCCCAAAAACUGGGCAGGCAACAGAGGAGAAGUCUGAGUGGAGGUAUUAUCACAUCUCCUCUUGGUAGUACGAUUAAGGUACCCCCGGUAAAUUUGGUCGACUACGUUUGGAGCAAGUCUGAUCAAUGGAUAGAGAAGCCGGCGGCCACGUGCGCUGCUUCUGGUCGGAGCUACACGUACGGCAUGAUGCGGAUGCUGAUCAGCAGGUUCUCCCAAGCGCUCCUCGGACAUUGCGGAAUGAAACCCGGAGAGGUCGUCGGUAUUCUACUACCAAACAUCCCCGAGUAUAUCAUCACCUGCCAUGGUGCCAUGGAAGCCGGGCUCGUCGUCACCUUCGUUAAUCCUCUGUACACUCCUGAUGAGGUAAAGAGGCAGUUUGAGAACGCCGGCGUCAAGUUGAUCAUCACCUUCCCGUUGCUCGUCGAGGUUGCAACGACAGUUGGAUCUCAACUUCCCAACUACAAGACGAGCAUCUGCGUCGGCGGAGAGGACGACAAGGCGAACAACGUCCACGGCUUGCAGAGCCUCCUAAUGGCCGGACACGAGGCUGAAUUGCCAGGAAUCAGCCCCAUCGAAACUUGCCUUUUACCGUACUCCAGCGGUACCACGGGUCUUCCAAAAGGCGUAAUGCUCUCGCACUACAAUCUCGUUUCUAAUCUUACACAGGGAGACAAUCCCGCGCUCCUCGAAGAACUAAACAACGCAGAAAAGCAAGAAAAGGUAUUGACGGUGCUGCCGUUCUUCCACAUCUACGGCUUCAACGGAAUCAUGAACUUGGUGCUGCGCGAAGGAUUGCACAUGAUCACGCUCCCAAAAUUCACGCCGGAGGAAUACAUACAGGCUCUCGCCACUCACAAACCGGAGUAUCUCUUCGUCGUUCCAUCGCUGAUGCUUUUCUUGGCCUCCCAUCCGGCCGUCACCAAAGAGCAUUUGGCGUCUAUCAAGAGCGUUACGUCCGGUGCGGCUCCAGCCACAGAAGGACUCCUGCAGAAGUUCAGGGAGAAGGUCGGACGCGACGAUAUCACCAUCAGGCAAGGAUACGGUAUGACUGAGAGUUCUCCGGUGACGAUAUUCAUGCCUCUGAUGACUCCAAGAUCAAAGAUAGGAACCGUGGGCGUGCUGUUGCCUGGAACGGAGGCAAAGAUUCAGAGCCUCGUCACCGGCGAGGUGCUAGGCACUCACCAGCCAGGAGAGUUACUGGUCAAAGGACCUCAGAUAAUGUCCGGAUACUUGAACAACGAGAAGGCGACGGCCGAGACCAUCGACGAGGAAGGAUGGCUGCACACUGGGGACGUGGCUUACUACGAUGAGGACAGCUACUUCUACAUAGUGGACAGAUGCAAGGAGCUGAUCAAGGUGAAAGGAAACCAGGUGUCUCCAACGGAAUUGGAAAAUCUCAUUUUAGAGAUUGAUGGCAUUAUAGAUGUAGCCGUUGUCGGCAUUCCAGAUACCUUGGCAGGUGAAGUUCCAAGGGCAUUUGUCGUGAAGAAACCUGGAAGCACGAUAACCGAGGAUGAUGUUCUCUUGUACGUGAAUCCUAAAGUGACUCACUACAAGAAGAUAGCCGGAGGAAUCAAGUUCAUCGAAUCCAUUCCGCGUAAUCCGAAUGGCAAAAUACUUAGGAAUGAACUUAAGAUUAAGUGUUAAUAUUUAUAAUUUAGGUUGAUUUUUACAAAUAAUUAUUUUUAUACGCAUUUUUUACUGUAAU